AUGGAAAUGAGCAGCAUGUCCUCUGGCGCACAGACCACCUCCAUCCCUGUUUCACACCAGCGCAACUGCUCCUCCAUCGAUGCUCCCCAGUUUCGUGGCAGUAUGGACGGACAGUCCUCCAAAGUAUUACUGGCUUACAAAAACGCGUCGCAGCACCUGAGUUCGUCAGGACUUAAAGCAGGCUUGGGGUUACUUAAAGUGGCCACGUCUCAAUGGAAGCAAGAAAAGAAGACGCGCGCAGAGGCAACCGUAAGGCAACUGGCAACCAAUGGCAGCCAUCCUUGCAAGAGAUCGCCUCUGGAUCAGCUGGCAUCUCUGGUUCUCCACGGUCAGACCCGGCAGCGCCACAUUGGCCAAGACCCCCUUUACUCCACCAAGCCACAGAACUGCAAACGCAUCGUGGUUCUUGGUGCGCCAAGGGUCGGCAAGACCUCCAUCCUGAGAAGAUACCUUCGGGACGGGUUUGUGGAGGAGUACAAUCCCACCUCUGAGGAUUUCCUCAGGAAACUGUUUCGUAUCCGCGGAGAGGCGUACCAAAUUGACAUCCUUGACGCGUCCAGGGAAAGGGAUUUCCCAGCAAAGCGGCGGUUGUCUAUCCUCACUGGGGACAUUUUUCUUCUAGUAUUUAGCCUUGAUGACCGGAGCUCUUUCCAAGAGGUUUGCGCCCUGCGAAAGGAAAUUCUGGCUGCUAAAUCCAAGCUCACCAAAUUCCCUGUGCCAGAGCAGUGUGCACAGCUGCACGUUCCCCUCGUAGUCUGCGCCAACAAGGUGGAUCUGCUGGAGACUGAGAGAGAAGUAUCGAAGGCAGAGGUGCUGCGAGCCCUCGGUGAUGACUGCGCCUAUUUUGAGACGUCUGCAAAGGACAGCACGAAUCUAGAGAAAGUUUUCGAAACUUUGGCAAAGCGAGGCGGGCUUCCGACUGAAACUGGGCCGUCUCAGCACCGCAAAGUCUCCCUCCGUUCAUACCAGGCAUUGCGGACAGGCCGUGUGCCAGGUAAGGGGAGCCAGACGCCGGGACGCGAUGAUCCCUGUGGCGCCCUGUAUCCGCUGGCCCGUCGGCCGAGUUUUAGCACGGAUCUCCGACAAGUGACUGGGCUACAUUCGGCAAGAAAGGCCGGCAAAGCAGUGGAAAAAUGUCAGAUACAGUGAGAGACAUCUAGACUAUGAGACCUGGUGUUACAGAGCGAAUAAAACAACGAAUAUAAAUCUGUAUUCCUUUCAGGACAAUGUAUUAUCAUU